CGGCCGGGCGCUCCGCUCCGCUGCUGUUCCGCCGCCGGCACCGGCGGGACUGGGAGAGGGACCCGGAGCGGGGCCGGGUCGGGCAUGCACAACCCCCGCUUGGACGCCUGCCCUGGCCAGCUCGGCGCCGACCGGCGGUGUCGGCGAGAGACGGGGGUGACACCGCGGGCACACAUGCCUGGCACACGGCAGGCGUCGCACCACACCGGAGGGGCACAGGGGCCGGGCAGCCGCCCUUCAUGUCCCUCACGCCCCAGCUCAGCAGCGGACUCAGCCUGCAGCCUGGAGCCAGGAGGUGAGGAGGAAACAGGGGGAGGCCCGGCCACCCGCUCCCCCCCGGCCAGCGAACGCAGCCUGGAGUUUGACUCGGGGUACUCGGAGGCAUCAGGGAGCACUUGGAGGGAGGAGGAGGUGCCCGUGCGGCGCCGGCACCCACCGCCCUGCCAGCGGGCACACCGUCUCUCCGCCGGCCUCGCUGCCCCACCGCCCGUCCCUGCUCGCCGCACUCGCCCGAAAUCCACCUCGGACGCUUGUUUGGAGCAGUGGCGGGUGCUGGAGCCAGCUGACACACAAGACUGGACUGUGGCACUGCUGUCGCAGAGCCGGAACCGGCAGCCUUUGGUGCUGGGCGACAACUGCUUUGCCGACCUGGUGGAGAACUGGAUGGACCUGCCUGAGGUGGGCGCUGAACCCCGGCGCCGAACUUCUGCUGAACCCUCCCGGCGGCUGGCCAAGCCCCCAGCCUUCCUGCUCAGCCUCUCGGGCAACGUUCGCCGCAAGCUGGCCAACAUGGCCCGUCCACGGGGAGCUGAUGGUGGCCGGCCGGGGGCCCGGGAAACCACCAAGCGUUUCUCCUGCCCACUGGGGCUGGGGGGACAGCCCAAAGGUGCCUGCUUCCACCAGUCCCACAGCAACAUUGCCCAGUUGGCCACGGACUUCCACCGCUUCACUGCCCUUAUGAACAGCCGCAGCCGGCAGCCCAUCAUCUGCAACGACGUUAUCGGCUACAUUUAGCCCUGCCCGCCGCCGCCCACACCCUCCUCCGCUGUAAAUAAA